UGUGGUCCCGUGCAGUGCUCUUGCUUCUUGCCCUCUUCUUGGCUACUUACUUCCAUCAUGCUAAUUUAGACGACUAUUUUGGGGACUAAACACACAACGUAACGCGUCAGUUCAGCAAAUUCUGUAGUUAUCAACAGGUAACUGACGUGUGUUACUUGUGUCUUCGUUUUCUGUCACGAAUUUAAGCCCUGAUACCAGCAGCUAACAGGUUACUAGCAUUAAGUUACUAACACGCUGCAGAGCACUCCAGAAACUUAAAGAUAACUAAGACCACACACAGUAUGGGUAACACUACAGGAGGCUACCUGAAUAAUAUACUUAUACUGCUCCUGCCCUCCUUUUCUCCACCUCCUUUGCUUGCUGAUGGAUGUGUUGUGAUCACCUUGCUGCAGUAGUGUCUGUCUAUGGAGAUGAAACUACACAGGGUGCUGCUAGCUGGCUGUAUGAACUGCACCAGGAUAUAUCCUCCAUUAGCUGGGAACUUUUAUCUAAAGCGCCUUUUCAGCUCUGUCGUUAUUUCCUCCUCGAGAACGAGUGGGACACGAACCGCCAUCCUCUGCAGUGCUAACAGAGUCCUCCACCCACUGAAGUGCUCUGUGCCACAUGGGAAUAGAAAACUGGGAUUGUGCAGCAGGAGUUCAGAUGCGGUCUGCGGUCAAACACUGUCGAGAUGUCAACCCAGAAGAUGUCAUCAGUCUGCUGCAGGGAGACCGGAACACCUGCUGCAACGAGCUGCACCGUGGCCCGUGUCCUUCAUCCGCUACAGAGUGACGGACGUCUCCAGUGUGUCUCCAGCCUUUGUGGUGAUGAAUUUUGACCGAGAGGGAAAUGUCACAUCAUUUGAGAAGAAGAAAACGGAGCUUUGCCAGGAGCUGAGUCUGCAGGCCAGAGACCUUCGCUUUCAGCACAGUACCAGCUUAAUCGCUAGAAACAACUGCAUCAUCAUACGGAUGGCGUCUUUGAAAGCCAUCGUGACCCCGCAGUCCCUGUUGGUGUUGGAUUUCCGUGGUUUGGGACUGGAGCGUUGGUUGGUACUGGAUCUGGCCCCUCAGCUCGCAGCACAGUCGCACUCUUUGCCCUUCGAGUUCAGAGCACUGGAGGCCAUCCUGCAGCACAAGGUAAACACGCUACGAGCUCGGCUGAACGAUGUCGAACCAGUCAUGUUGGACACAUUGGAAUCCCUGGUGGAUCCUAAAAUCCUUUCCGCCGAUAGAAGUAAAUUACAUGUACUGCUGCAGAACAGCAAGAGUUUAUCCGAGUUGGAGACUGACAUUAAAGUCUUUAAGGAUACCCUGCUGAAGAUUUUGGAUGAGGACGAGAUCGUUGAAGAACUCUGUCUCACCAAGUGGACAGACCCAAGAGUUUUUGAGGAGAGCAGUUUGGGUAUCGACCAUGCUGAGGAGAUGGAACUGUUGUUGGAGAAUUACUAUAUGCAGGCCGAGGAGCUGGGGAACAAGACCAGAGAGCUGAAAGGGCUGAUAGACGACUCUGAGAGUGUCAUCUUCAUCAAUCUGGACAGCCAUCGUAACGUGAUGAUGCGCCUGAGUCUGCAACUGGCGAUGGGUUCCUUCUCCCUUUCCUUAUUCGGUCUGAUAGGGGUGGCCUUUGGAAUGAAUCUGGAGUCGUCCUUCGAAGAAGACCCUCGCAUUUUCUGGCUGGUAACAGGCUUCAUGUUCUUGGGCAGCGGGCUGAUAUGGAGACGACUGCUGUCAUUUCUGGGACGACAUCUAGAGCCUUCAGUACCCCCUCUUAUCCCUCAAGUUUGGAAGAGAAGUCUGAAAGCAUCCGACAUCAAGACAGGAGUCAGAUGAUGUUCUCCCUCCAGUCUGUAAAAUGCAACAGACCUCCGACAGACUCUGCAGCUUUAGGGAUGAUUGUUUUAUCACCCUGGACCUCCUGAAUUCUAUAAAACAGCCUCAUUGUUUUAGGCCUUUUAGACCUCUUCUGUUUCCCCUACAUUUCUGGUACUAUGUUGCCAGUAUUCCAGGUACUUGAUUAGAUGUCUUCAUGUCUAAUUAUAUGAGUAUUGCUCUGUCAUCUGUGGUUUUAGAGCAGUGCGUGGAUGCCUUGGUGAGUGGCAGCAUUGGAACUGAAACGGAUAACAACCCAACUACUGAUAACCACCGGACAUGCACUUGAUAAUCUCAUAUCUGCUGAGAUUGUCAACAUAACGGAUGAAAAGCAGCGACACACGGGUCACAUUUUCAGGCACAAGGUCUGAGCAGCCUGUAUGUCUUUAAAAAAAACAUAUUGCCAGUUUUGAUUUGAUAUCGUGUCUCACUUUGUGACUGUGAGAGUCUCCAAAUGACAUUUGAUCAAAAAUGAAAGGGUGUGAACUCACGGGGAACUUUAAAGUUAUUGACUUUAUCCUGUUCCGAUUUACAUGAAAGCUGUUAGUCAAGGUGUUAAAGGCUGAAGCGCAUUACACACAUUGAUAGCACGUAACUUAUUUCUGACCUGGGAUUCAAGAUCCAUUCGAGAAGUCGGCAAAUACUUCAGAGUGCUCUUGAGAAGAUUAGCCGGGCAGGGGAGCAGAAUAAGCAUAUCUCAAUGUUCCUGUCAUCUUAGUUUAUGAGAAAAAAACUAUUUUAUUUUGUCUGAAGUGGUCGAAGCUGAUUUUGCUUCAUUGUCGGGGGUCACAAGUCUAAAAUGUUGGAAAGCACAUCCUAAUAGUGCUUGUUUUAAUAACAAACCCGGCUAAAUCCUUCCCCUUUUGACUUGUGCAUCUGCAUUAUAUUCGAUGCAGAAAACAUAUUCGGCGUUCUUGGAAUUUGUCACUUUUCUUAACCGCAUUGACUCACAGUUGAUCUAAUUUGGCUUUUCUGACAUGGAAAACAACAACUCUUCAAUGCCAAACUCGAAUUACAAAAAAUACAAAUAUAACAUAGUAACUUUGCAGCAGUUAAAUCUUUGACAUUAAUGUCUAGAAGUGUCAAAAAUCCUAAAGUUUUAAUAUAAUAAAUGAUUUUAAUCACUGUA